CCGGCUGUGCCUCCCUCUGCCUCCCCAGGGGUCUGCGCGGGAUGGGCGUCCCGCUGCCUUAAGGAGGAGAUGCACCCCUCGACUUGGCACACCUAGGAGGGGAGGUCGAUCCAGGGAACUGCUGCUGUCGCCAUGUCCCUGAACCAGCCCAGCAGCAGUGACGCCUGCUUGAGCAUCGUGCACAGCCUGAUGUGCCACCGGCAAGGCGGCGAGAACGAAUCCUUCGCCAAGCGCGCCAUUGAGAGCCUGGUGAAGAAGCUGAAGGAGAAGAAGGACGAGCUGGACUCGCUCAUCACAGCCAUCACCACCAACGGCGCCCAUCCCAGCAAGUGCGUCACCAUCCAGCGCACUCUCGACGGCCGUCUCCAGGUGGCGGGGCGUAAGGGUUUCCCCCACGUGAUCUACGCACGUCUGUGGCGCUGGCCGGAUUUGCACAAGAACGAACUCAAGCACGUCAAGUUCUGCCAAUUUGCCUUUGACCUGAAGUACGACAGUGUCUGCGUGAACCCCUACCACUACGAGCGAGUGGUGUCACCAGGCAUCGGACUGAAUAUCCAGAAUACAGCCCCUCCCGCCCGGCUGGUGAAAGAGGAAUUCAUCCCCGACUGUAUCCACAUGGAGAUCCAGGCUCCGCCGCCUGCUGACUGCCUGGGUCCCGGGAGCAAGUCCAGUCACCCUCCGGGAGAACCUUUUCAGCCUCUGUCACCCCUUCAGAUCUCUGAAUCGCCCCAUGCUAUGGCUGGCACCUACCCUGCUCUGCCCUUGUCUCCCCCAGGGCCUCCCGGGGGCCCCCUGCUCCCCCUUUUGCACGGCGAGGGUCUUCUACAGAUCUCCACCUCCUCACACCCCCCAGCCCCUUCUCCGGCUCCCCCAGGAUCGCAGCAAAACGGCUCUGCCCCAAAACUGCCCUACCCAAACUCCGCAACCAGCUGGAGCAGGACCGGGAGCCCCACGAGCUACACUUCAGGAGGAAGGGGACAGAAGCCCACCCCUCCGCCUCUCCCCACGCCACAACAGCAGCAGAACGGACGGAGCCACCCACAGCCUCCUCUCCACCACCCAAGCCAUUACUGGCCCACACACCACAGCUCAACUCCCUACCAGCAACCGGUCUCCAGCCACCCCGGCCCCGAGUUCUGGUGUUCCAUUGCCUACUUUGAGAUGGACGUGCAGGUGGGCGAGAUCUUCAAGGUACCGUCCAACUGCCCCGUGGUGACCGUGGACGGCUACGUGGAUCCAUCCGGGGGUGACCGUUUCUGCCUGGGGCAGCUUUCCAAUGUCCACCGCACAGAUGCCAGCGAGCGUGCCAGACUGCACAUCGGGAAGGGAGUCCAGCUCCAGUGCCGUGGCGAAGGGGACGUCUGGAUGCGGUGCCUGAGUGACCACGCAGUCUUCGUGCAGAGCUACUACCUGGACCGGGAAGCUGGGCGUGCUCCAGGGGACGCCGUACAUAAGAUUUACCCGGGCGCUUACAUCAAGGUGUUUGACCUGCGUCAGUGUCACCGCCAGAUGCACCAGCAGGCAGCCACGGCACAGGCGGCGGCGGCGGCACAGGCGGCAGCAGUGUCCGGGAACAUCCCUGGGCCUGGCUCGGUGGGAGGCAUUGCUCCAGCUGUUGGCCUCUCCGCUGCAGCCGGAAUCGGGGUCGAUGACCUCCGCCGCCUCUGCAUCUUGCGGCUCAGCUUUGUCAAGGGCUGGGGGCCGGACUAUCCAAGGCAAAGCAUCAAGCACACCCCCUGCUGGAUCGAAGUGCAUUUGCACCGGGCGCUGCAGCUCCUGGACGAGGUCCUCCACACCAUGCCACUCGCCGACCCGGGUCCUGUCAACUAGAGCAGGCGCAAUGGAGCAGUGAGGCCUCGUGCUCUUUGUGGCCGUAACCUCUGCAGGCUCUGUGGGGCCAUCAGCACUGUGAAAGAGACUCUUGAUAUGCCCCACUCCUGUGGAAAGGGGGUAGGGACAGAUUUCUGCAGUCCUCAAAGGGCCGGAGACCCUGUUGGCCGCCAUGGGAGAUGCGACUUGUCCGGUCCUGAGACUGCCAAUGAAGCAGACAGUCUAGGAGGUCCCUCCCUUCUCAGAUCGUCAAGCCACGAUGGACCAGUUUUGACUCCCUUGACAUUUGGCAGCCACAUUCCAAAGUGGCCAAGGACCAUCUGGGCGUUACCUGGUGAAUGACCCGUCUCCCGCACCCUCAUCUUUAGUGACCCUCAUCGUAGGAUCUGCUUUAAAAAUCAAUCAGCAGCCAAAUAAUUGAAAAUGCCAAAAAAAAAACCCCAACCCUCCCAUCGUAUCUGCCAUUGGAGGGCUGAACCUCUGUCUUUGGUGACUGGCAGUUGGUGGCCUGUAGCCCACACAUCCAGCCCACGCAUACAUAGCAGUUCUCUGUUCCCCUUUCGGCACUGGCACGUGGGGUGCCCUGAUCCCUUAGAAGAGUGCCAAACAUGGGUGUAGAAUUUGACUUCCCGGAGCUUUUGCGGUUUUGUUUUGGGGGUGGCAGUCAUGUUGUCUAGCCCUUAACCUUUCGGAAGCUCGGAUGUUGAAAUCUGAGAGCCAAAAGAGCAGUUAAUGAGAUUGACAGUUGUAUAGGGCUUGGCUUUUCUUUGCUUUGUGCAGCUCCGUUAUGUCUCCCCUCUACGGUUGCCAUGUCCAGGUUGGGAAAUUCCUGGAGAUUUGGGGGGUGGAGCCUGGAGAGGGUGGAGUUUGGGAAGGGGAGCGACCUCUGUGGGGUAUAAUGCCAUAGAGGUCACCCUUCAGAGCAGCCAUUUUCUCCAGGGGAACUGAUCUCUGUUGCCGGGAGAUCAGUUGUAAUUCCGGGAGAUCUCCAGCCACCCCCUGGAGGCUGGCAAGCCAACUUCCCUCUCCCAAAUGACUGGCAGAUACCAGAGUAAAUCAAGCAAAGAGAAUUGGUGCUCAUUUGCCUAAUUUACAGUUGCAAACUCUCAACUGUCUACAUAUUUGGCUUUGGGAGAAUGAAAUAGUAAAAAAUGUCACGGGUACUGUUCUUCUUAGAUAGGGUUGUCAAUAGGCCUGAAGAGAAAUGUUCUGAACAGAGGCUUAAUGUCUGUUAAUGAGCAGCUGAUGUAAAUAACCUGAGGUAAAUAAGGUCACAUUUAGCCUCUGUUACAAAGGCAGAACAAUUUUUAAGGUCUAUGGACCCAAAGCUAGUCUUGGCCCUUAGCUUCCUCAUUCUCCUGGUAGAACAUGGUGAGGAGGCUUUAUGCCUAGGAGAAGCCAGUAGGCCGCCACGAGUUCUAGCCAGAGACCCUUUCCCUCUCUCAGAAGAACUCUUUUAACAGCUGUGUAACAGACAAAGAUUCAACAGGUGCAGCCUUUUCCUCAGGACAAGGGAGAUCUCAUCUCCUUCCAUAAAGUUUUACUUGUCCUGCAGCUGCAAAACAGAGCAAGGUGAAUUAGGAUUACUUCCUUUCAUUUACUUUAACAGGUGUGCAAAAAAGUCAGCAGGGUUAGACUGGCCAGGGGGAAGGGCCUUCCCCCAGCCCUUCGCACUAUCCAAAGAAGGAAGAGCCAGCCUGCCUGCCCGCCCAGUGGGCCAGGCAUGGCUUCCCCCUUCCUGGGUAAGGAUUGGCAGACGCCAUCCUAGGGUUGCCAGCCUCCAUGUGGUAGCUGGAGAUCUCCCAGGAUUACAACGGAUCUCCAGCCGACAGAGAUCAGUUCCCCUAGAGAAAAUGGCUGCCGUGGAAAGUGGCCACUGGACUUACCCAGCCCAGGUGUAGGGUUGCCAGCUCCAAGUUGGGAAAUUCUUGGAGAUUUUGUGAGUGGAGGCUGGAAAGGACAAGAUUUGGGAAGGGGAAGGACCUCAGUGGGGUCUAAUUCCAUACAAUCCACCCUCCAAAUCAGCCAUUUUCUCCAGGGGAACUGAUCUGUGUCGCCUGGAGAUCUGUGUCGCCUGUGUCGCCUGAGAGCCAGUUUGGUGUAGUGGUUAAGAGCACGGGACUCUAAUCUGGAGAGCCGGGUUUGAUUCCCCACUCCUCCACAAAGCCAGCUGGGUGACCUUGGGCGAGUCACAGUUCUCUUGAGCUCUCUUAGCCCCACCCACCUCACAGGGUGAUUGUUGUGGGGUAAUAAUAACACUUUGUAAACCGCUCUGAGUGGGCAUUAAGUUGUCCUGAAGGGCGGUAUAUAAAUCGAAUGUUAUUAUUAUUAUUUGUAAUUCUGGGAGAUCUCCAGGCACCCCCUGGAGACUGGCAACCCUAUGGGGGACUGGCUCACUGAGAAAAGUCCCAGUGGCUGCCAUAAUGACCAGUCUAUUCCUGAGGGGAAGGUUUUUGCCAUCUUAGCUCAUUGAGAACGAGGGGUGAAGGGAGCCGCUAUUGCUUUUGCACCUGUGGCUUAGCCCAGAAAAUAUGAGAAACCAAAAAUGGGAACAUCAUCAAAUAAUCUGUAAACACAAGAGAUGAAGAGGCCCGACUCCUGACACGAAAGUAAUCGAGACCAAAAAUAAUUUUAACUUACAGAAUAUACAAAAAAAGUAAAAC